AUGGAAGAGGGGAUCCACAGAAACAAAGAUCUUCUCAGCUAUGGUUUUCAGGCCAAACAGGUGCUCACAGUGGGCACUGGCCAACAUCCCGAUUGCCUGGGGCUGGGAGUGCAGUGCAGAGGCGCAGACCCCUCUGGGUGCCAGCUGCUGCAGGGCUGCCCUGGACGCUCUGAUGACUGCCCCUACCUGUGCUAUCCACUGCCCCAGGCCUGUGUGCCACAUGUCGCAGCUGGGGGCACAAAGGUCCUGAUCAGUGUUUCUAGGAAACUGGCUAAGGGCAAGGUGAACAAAAAAGGUGUAGCCAGUGGCCGUGCUCACCUGCCGUGCUCAGGUGUAGCCCUUAAAGUGCCAGGCGCAGUGCCCACUCUCAGCAAUGGGCCCGAGGCCCGCAAUGCGCCAAGUUGGCAGGGGGAGGGACCGUACGCGCUGCGGCCGAAGGGCACAAUCCAGAAGCCACUGGUUGUGUCGUGCCCUCGCUUGCUCCGGAGCUGCGCCCACAGCGCCUGCUGCCCCCUGGUUUCAGCGGCUCGGGGCCAGGCCCGCCCCUCUCCCCGCCUCUCGCUCCGCACGGCCAAUGGCGCCGCCCCAGCCUCUCCGUCCUACCCCGGACACGCCCCUCACUCCGCACUGGCCAAUGGCACCGCCCAGUCCGCCCCGCCCCGCCACGCCCCGGGAACACUGGUAGGUCCGGGAGCCGGGCGGUGCCCUAGGGGCUGCAGGGAAGGUUUGGGGCGAGCGGUCUGUCAGGUGUCCCCAGGCCACUGCUCAGGGAGCCGCGCGCCUCCUAAGUUCUCGAGGGAGCUCCGGGACGCGCGUAGAAAGCAGCCGGAGUCAGCCCCGAGGGGUUCGGAGUGCGGGCGGCGGCCAGGGACUUUGCGGGUAACGCGGACUCCUGGACUGCCAACAAAGGGCGCUGCGCAGGCGCUGCAUUCACUGCAGUCACUUGUAUGCAUGCCUGGUGGGGCGUGGAAUCUGGGGACGCUUAUCGAAAUCCGAUCUGGUGAAUAAGAAGUUAGUCUUUCCCAGUCACCGCCUCUUGGACGAAGAAUCGCCAGCACGGAGGCAGAGAAGACAGAAAACCACAGGCCAUUUGGGGAACUGAGUCCAGCUCAGUGUUUCUGGGGUGUGGGGGUGGCAUGGCUGGGGCUGGGGUUGGUGGAGAACUUUAUCUCACCAUUCCCAGCUCUGACCUCUGGACCUGUUCUCUCCUACCCCUAACAUAAAUCGUUUUAGUUUCA